AGGUGAAGCUAACAUACUUUCUUCUGAUAGCCGACUUCUCUUCACGAGCUCCACGACAAACCGCCGCGCUGCUGAUGAAACACAUUGACGCGUUCGGUUUCUCACAUGAGGAGCUGAAAUAUGGUGCAAAAGGGAAAAGAAACAGUAAAUUAUAAAGAGAUUUUCAUCACUCACUGUUCCACAGAGGAGAGCGAUGAGGAACCGGUCCAGUUCACCUCCGAUCCACGUGCACGUCCAUGACGCCACGCCGAUCCACGUGCACGUGGACAGGACGCGCUCGGACAACGCGUCUCAGGGGAAGGUCACGGUGGACAGAGGAAGCCUCCGACCCACAGCCGUGGUCAAAGCUCGAGUGCCAUGGAUUCCACCUGGAAAGGCUUCGUACAAGUGGGAGGGGCAGACGCAUCGUCUUGAGAUCACACCGCCGCUCCUCGAACCCCACGCUGCGUUGCGGUUGGCUGACCUCACAUCAGAGGAGGAGGAGGGGCUUCAUGGACGUAUCGGCCAGUACGAGAGGAAGAUCGAAAGUUUGCUGACGCAAGUCGGCUCUCUGAAGAACGAGGUGGAGCUGCGGAAGCGGGAGCAGCUGCUGGAGCGACAGUCGGAGAAGCUGAGCGUCUCGCAGCGAGUGAUCGCGGAGCAGGAGGAGGAGCUGGCCGAGGUGACGAAGGAGCUGCAGGAGACGGAGCGAGAGAACUCGCGGCUACGACACUCAAUGGAGAAGAUGAUGGAGGACACCGACUACAGCAGAUCCGAGAGAGACAAUACGCAACAACAAUCCGACAAAGACGCUCUGCUAAGGAAGCUGAUGGAGGCCGAAGUGGACGGAGCAGCUGCCGCCAAGCAGGUCUCCGCCCUGCGAGAGUCUGUCGUCAAGCUGUGUGGAUCUGGUACCAGUAGGCCGUCCGCCUCCGACACGUCUGUCCUGGGUCGUCAGAAAGAUCUGCUGCUGCAGAAGCUGGAGGCCUUCGAGGAGACGAACCGAACGCUGCGGCACUUUCUCAGAGGGCAGCACGGACCCCAGACGGAGUCGGUGCGACUGUCGGAGCACAAGGACUCGUUACUGAAGACGCUGGCUGACACUGAGGCAGAAAACGCACUUCUGGUAGUGAAACUUCAAGAGAAAGACAAAGAGGUCAACCGACUCUCCAAAAUCCUCGAUGAGGAGAAGGACAGUCUGAGGAGCACAGCUGAUUUGUCCAAGAGUCUGGAAUCGACCAGAGCUCAUCUACAGGGACAGCUCCGCAGCAGAGAGGCGGACAACAACCGGCUCACUGUGCAGAUCAAGAACCUGGAGCGAGCGGCCGAGCAGCACCAGGCCGAGGUGGACCACGUGAAGGAGCAGCUGACGAGGCAGAAGCAGCAGGCCAGCGUAGACCGAGAGGCUCUGAAACAGGCGGCGCGAGCGCAGAAGCAGCGGGCGGAGCGCAACGAGGACGCCGCCGGCCAGCUUGGCGUCCAGCUGCUGGACAUGGAGAAGCAGAUGGCGGACGCGUUGUCUGCAGCCGAGACGUGGCAGAGUCACCACGCUCAGGAGAUGAAGGACAAGAGCAGACUGGAGGUCGAAGUGACGCAGCUCAAUAGUCAUGUGGUGGAGCUGACGGAGCAGCUGCAGAGCAUCGAGGGGAGGGGCCGCAUGGAGCGAGAGGCCCUGGUGGAUCGUCUGCACGGACUGACCACGGAGAACACGGCCGCUAACCUGGAGAACCAGAACCUCAAGGCUGCAGCGUCAGGGCUGGAGGAGAAACUGACCUUGUCUCAGUCGGAGCUGCAGCAGGUCAACGCCUCCAUCAGGCAGUACGAGAGUCUGCUGGACAGCUACAAGAUCCAGGUGGGGAAGACCCGGGCCGAGGCGGACGAGUACUGCACUCGGCUGGCAGAGGCUGAGCGGGAGGCCCGUGAUAUGCGCGAGCAGGUGGAGCAGGAGGUGGAGGAGGUGCGCCGGGAGCUGAGGGAGCGGCUGACGGAGCUGGAGCCGCUGCCUGAUGCAGUGCGCCAGGCGGAGCUGCGGCUGCAGGAGGCGCAGGACAGGGAGCGCAGCCAGGAGCGACGCAGCACCGAGCUCGGCGCCACCCUCACGGACCUGCGCAUGAAGGUGGAGACCCAGGGAAGUCAGACGGAGCUGUUCAGACAGAAGAACAAGGUUCUGCUGGAGGAGAACAGGCAGCUACAGCAGCGAGUGGAGAGACUGGAGAGGAAACUAGAGGAGGCCUCUGGUCAGAACAGCGACCUGCUGCUGGUCGUGGGCAAACGGGAAGACGCCGUCCGCAGCAACCAGCUCCGUCUGGAAGAGAAAACCAGGGAAUGUUCCGCGUUGAGCCGGAAGCUGGAGGACGCGCUGGACGACGCUCGUCAACAGAUGUUGGAGACCAGAGAACGUGCUGCCUCUAAAGAACGUUCCACCCAGGCCCAGAUGGUCGAGAUAGAGGCGCAGCUCAGCCGAACAAGCUCGGAGAUCAACCAGCUGCGACGGAGUAGAGAGGAGGCAGAUCGACGAUACCAGAGCCGACUGCAGGACAUGACGGAUCGUCUGGAGCAGUCGGACAGCACCAACAGGAGCCUGCAGAACUAUGUGCAGUUCCUCAAAGCCUCCUACACCAAUGUGUUCGGCGGCUCGCUGCAGGAGCCCUCGCCCAUCUGACGGUCUGUCAACAGGUGCUUUGUAUGUGUAUAUAUAUAUAUAUACACAUACAAAUAUAUAUAUAUAUAUAUACAUAUUAAAAUUAUAUCAGAAAUGCUCAUCUGGACAUUUUCUGCUGCAGACGAGAGACACGGAUGAAAAGCUGCUGGAGUUCAGAGCGACAGCAGCGUCAUGGACACGUGUUGUCGUCGCUGGUUUUAUUGUUUUUACAAUAUUUUCCAUGAUUUCUUCAGAAUGUUUCAUCUUCAAGACCAAAACAUCCAAAACCAAAUGUUGUAUUUUCAGUUUUCACUGACUGAUUUGUUUUGCUGUUGCCUUGUUGCAUUUCAGGCUGAAUGUUUUCUUCAGAGAUGUUUUUAUUGGACGUUGAAGUGGAGUUUAUAUUUUUAAUGCCAAACAUCACACAACUUGCAAAUUGUCUUUAUGAAGCCAAAUCUGGUCUGAUCUUGACAGAAGGUCAACCCAUCUGUCUGUUACCACAGUGAGAAGAGUUGUACUUUAUAAUGUAUUUUACAAACUUUGCAGUCGAGACAUAUUAUGAGAUUCAAUGAGUCUGACUGUCGGUGCUCGUCUCCGUCUGUUGUGUGGAACAACACGGACUUAGAUUUUUUUACACUCUCACAUAUUCUGUUUGUAGAAUCAGUGGUUGGUUGUUAAUAGACUACUCAUGUUUUUUUUGUCUGUUUAAUAACUGAAUUAAUAACUGAAUUGAAAAAAGUUUGAUCAGAUAUGGAAAUAAACAUUUUUAUUUUACAAGACCCUGACUGACAUAUCGGUCGGCCGAUUAAAUUCGUCAGAUAUGAGCCUUCAGACGUGUCGUACCGGUCCUUAUGUUAACUGAUAUGAAAGCUUUUAUUUUACAGAAUGAAACGAUGCAAUAAGGUAUGGUGCUUUUGUUUAUUUUCUAAAUUAGUUAUUAAGAUAAUAAAGAUAUUUAUGGUUAAGCUGUAAAAUAUCGAACCUCAGUAACAUUUCUUUUUCAUGUGAGUCUUGAUAACGGCAUUUUAGGAAUCAUUGUCAACUUCUUUAAAAAAAACAAAUAAAACAGGAUCAUUUUUUUAAUGAUUACUUGGAGCUGUUUUCCCUAUUUGCUAAA